GUCUACAGUGUGAUCGUCUCCAAUGAUAUGGCUCCCUUGUAUCAAACCCUAGCCGCGGACUCGGUACUGACCUUGGAUCAGAAGGUCCUUGAUUCAAUGAGGGCUAAGAUUGAAGAGGAGCUAAAAAAGCUUGAUGAAAAGAUUGCUGACGCAGAAGAAAAUUUAGGGGAAAGUGAAGUUAGAGAGGCUCACCUGGCGAAAUCCCUGUUUUUCAUUCGUAUCGGUGACAAGGAUAAAGCACUGGAACAGCUCAAGCUGACUGAGACAAAAACGGUUGCUGUUGGGCAGAAAAUGGAUUUGGUAUUUUACACACUCCAGAUGGGUUUCUUUGAUAUGGACUUUGACCUAAUUUCAAAAAGCAUUGACAGGGCAAAGAAGUUAUUUGAAGAAGGAGGUGAUUGGGAACGAAAGAACCGGUUGAAGGUCUAUGAAGGACUCUUCUGCAUGUCAACCCGCAACUUCAAGAAAGCAGCUGACCUUUUCCUUGAUUCUAUUUCAACAUUUACAACCUAUGAGCUUUUCCCUUAUGAUACUUUCAUAUUCUAUACUGUUCUCACAAGCAUUAUUACAUUGGAUCGUGUUUCCUUGAAACAAAAGGUAGUCGAUGCACCAGAGAUCUUGACAGUUAUCGGAAAGAUACCUUAUCUUUCUGAGUUUUUGAACUCGUUGUACGAUUGCCAAUACAAGGCAUUCUUCUCUGCCUUUGCUGGCAUAACAGAGCAUAUUAAAUUGGACCGCUAUUUGCACCCACACUUCCGAUAUUACAUGAGGGAGGUGCGAGCUGUUGUGUAUUCCCAGUUCUUGGAAUCCUACAAAAGUGUGACUAUUGAGGCAAUGGCAAAGGCAUUCGGUGUGUCUGAGGACUUCAUUGAUACCGAGCUCUCUCGGUUUAUUGCUGCUGGUAAGCUACAUUGCAAGAUCGACAAAGUUGCUGCAGUGUUAGAAACAAACCGCCCUGAUGCUAAGAAUGCUCUAUAUCAGGCCACCAUCAAACAAGGAGAUUUCCUAUUGAACCGAAUCCAAAAGCUUUCGCGAGUUAUUGAUCUUUAAGGCAUUAUCCUCUUGCUCUAGCACAACAUUCCAGAUGUAGUCAUUCACCUCCCCUUGAGCAUCAAAAUAUGGUUCAAUUUUAUUCUGUGACAAAAGAAAAGACCCAAUCUGAUCACUUAUGUUCUUUUAUUUUGUUUGAAUUGAGACGUUUACUUCCCACAUGGGGUUUCACGUCUAGAUCAACAUGCUAUGCAAACGACCAAUCGUAUUACCAUUUAUUUACUCUUCUGGUUGAUGCCCAUUUAGUGCAUGUGGCUAUUUUAACUACUUAUGUCUCAACCGCUACGGUAGUACGGUAUGAAUGCAAGUAUGUAACUAAUUACACAAGAGAAAUCCAGCGAUUAGUUAAAUUGACUAAAUGGUUCAGCCUGAUGCCCUGAAUCCUCUUAUAUGGU